CUCCAGCCUCGCUCCAAGAAGCGGCGCCCGACGUUCCGCCGCCUGCUGAAGACCAGCGGCGUGAAGCUGGAGAACAAGACGAGGAACCGUCAGAUGAAGCAGCAGAACGUCGCCAAGAAGCAGCGCAAGGAGCAGAAGAGGCUGCGGCAGGCCAUGAAGGGCGCCGCCCUGCAGACGCCCCGCCCCCUGGAGACGUACAGGAAGAGACCAGAGGACGAGGAGGAGGAGGAGUUCCUGGAGAAUCUGCCCACCGACAUGAUGGAGGAAGACCCCAUGCAACAGAUGACGGCCAUGGCCCGACAGUCCUUCAUCACCAGAGACCUGUCGUCAUGCGGGCCGGUGCUCGGCGGGAGGAAGAGGAUCAACGACGUGGUUCGCAGCUACGAAAAGGUUCCAAGAAAGAUGGCGAGGACGGAGGAGACGGAGGUCGUCCACCUGCUGCCCAUCAAAGACAAGAGAGGGGUGAUCCCACAGAGCAUCCAGAGAGCUGUUCCGAGCCAGGAGGAAGAGGAGGAGGAGGAGGAAGACCCUGCAGACGAGACAGACCAGGAGGAAGACGACGGGGCGGCGCUGAGCCACGUGGAGCUGACGGCGACGCAGACGGAGCAGCUUCGAGUCCAGAAGUUAAACCAGAAGAAGGGGCUCAUCGCCAGCCUGGGAUCGGCCAUCAUCUCGGACCCCUUCAGUAACAUGAAGCGUGUGAAGGAGCUGCGUGGGAUGCUGAUGGAGGCUGACCCCAGCGUGGCGGUGUCGGUCCGGAAGCUGGUGAUGGUUUCUCUCAUGGAGAUCUUCAAAGAUAUCGCCCCCACCUACAGAAUCCGACCUCUGACCCCUGCGGAGAAGACCGCCAAGGUGAAGAAGGAGACUCAGCAGCUCAGAGAGUUCGAGGAAGGUUUGGUGAGUCAGUACAAGUUCUACCUGGAGGAUCUGGAGCAGACCAUCAACGACUGGAAGCAGAAGAAGAGGAAGCGAAGUCAGGCGGUGGGUUUCCAGUCAUACCGCGGCCUGGCCGAGGUCGCCGUGCGCUGCCUCUGUGAGCUGAUGGUCGCUCUGCCUCACUUCAACUUCCACAACAACGUCAUCGUCACGCUCGUACCGCUGAUGAACAGCACCUGCAAAAAGGUGUCCAGUUUGUGCUGUGAUGCGUUUAGGACGCUCUUCCAGCAGGACAAAGUGGGAGGGGCCUCACUGGCCACAGUGCGUGUCAUCUCUGGACUUGUGAAGAGUCUGAACUACAACGUUAGACCUGAGCUGCUGAAAACGCUGCUCAGCCUGAGGAUCAAGGAGGUGGAGAUGAAGAAGGACCUGGAGGCCACAGCACCAAAGAAGAAGUUCAUGACCAACAAAGAGAAGAAGAAGAAUCUGUCCAGGAUGCAGAGAAAGUGGAAGAAGGCCCAGGAGAAGCUGGAGAAGGAGCUGCUGGAGGCCGAAGCUUCGGAGAGCAAAGAGACGAAGACCAAGCUGCACACAGAGACUCUGAACAUCGUCUUCCUCAUCUACUUCAGGAUUCUGAAGAAAGCCCAGAGAUCCGUUCUUCUUCCUGGAGUUCUGGAGGGGCUGGCCAAUUUCGCUCACCUGAUCAACCUGGAGUUCUUUGAUGACCUGCUGAACGUGCUGCAGAACCUUAUCCAAUCAGGAGAACUGACCAAUCGGGAGAGUCUCCACUGCAUCCAGACCGUCUUCACCAUCCUGUCAGGACAAGGUGACGCUCUGACCAUCGACCCUCUGAACUUCUACUCUCAGCUCUACAAGCUGCUGCCGCGGCUUCACGCAGGGGCGGCCAAUGACGACGUCCCCAUCGUGCUGCGGUGUCUGGAUGCCAUGCUGACUCGACGCAGGAAGCAGGUGACCCUGCAGAGGGCGAUGGCGUUCGUCAAACGACUGAGCAUGCUCAGUCUGCACGUCAUGCCCAACGCCAGCGUGGGCAUCCUCGCCGCGAGCAGAGCCACCAUGCAGGCCUUCCCAAAGUGUGACUUCCUGCUGGAUAACGAGGUGCAGGGCAGCGGCUACUUCCUGCCGGAGCUGGAUGAACCCGAACACUGCAACGCCCAGAACACGGCGCUGUGGGAGCUGCACGCUCUGCAGAGACAUUACCACCCAGUUGUACGGCGGUUUGCAGCCCACCUGAGUCGAGGAGCUCCCAGUGACGGAUCAGGAGCGCUCGGUGUGGAACUGAGCCGCAGGUCGCCGCUGGAGCUGUUUGAAGACUACAGCGUCAAAGACAUGACCUUUAACCCCCCCGUAGCUCCGCCCGGCUCCAAGAAGAAGGAUCACUUUGUGGGCGGAGCGAUGCUGCUGGACGCCGAGCUGCAGAGACGGGUGGACGGCGUCCUGACCGCUGCCGAGGACACACACCUGGACUUUACCGCAGCACACACACACACACAGCUGUGACACACACCACUCUUCUUCUGUGGUUUCCCUUCAUUCAGAAGAUGAUGCCGUAAGGCGUUCAUGUAAAAUAUUUAGUUUCAUGUCGAUCAGCUGAUCGGGUCGAAUGUUCAGUAAUAAUUUGUUGUUUAUUUUUCUGCUGGAGUAAAAUAAACAAGCUGAACCUUUAAAGACGGAGCUUCCUCUGUACUGCUUUCAGUCAUCAGAUGUGGACACCAGACGUGCAUCUACGGGACUUUCUACAGGGAGAGACCAGAGAACUACAGAACAAACGGUUUCAUACGUCACUAGAGGAACGUGCUGACGGGCCGUCCUCCGUAUCACCAGGUCUCUGGUUGGAUGUAGGUUUCUGUCAGAGAGGUCACAUGACCAGAAGUCCUGUGAUGAUGUCAUCCUGAUUAAACCAGAAUAAAAUAUUUCUUUGUUUCAUUAA